UUUAAGUGGCAAGACCUGUAAGCCUAAAGACUUCUUGACAGACGUUAACAACACGCCGGCUACUGUCACUUUUCCUUUUCUCCGGCAAGUAGCAAAGAUGGCGACAGGCACGCUUUAUACCUACCCAGAAAACUUCCGUGCGUACAAAGCACUCAUCGCUGCCCAGUACUCCGGUGCUCAGGUGAAAGUAGCUGAAAACUUCGUUUUUGGCGAGACCAACAAAUCUGCCGAAUUUCUGAAGAAGUUUCCCAGUGGCAAGGUGCCUGCUUUUGAAACUGUUGAUGGCAAAUACCUGUCGGAGUCGAAUGCCAUUGCUUUCUACGUAGCCAAUGAACAGCUCCGCGGUGGCAAGUGUCCACUUGCUCAAGCUGAAGUGUUACAAUGGUUGUCGUAUGCUGACAAUGAGAUCGUUCCAGCUUCCUGUUCUUGGGUUUUCCCACUGUUGGGCAUUAUGCCACAACAAAAGAAUAGCACCGCUAAACAGGAGGCCACCGCCAUUCUUACCUUAUUGAACAAUAAAUUGUUAAAUAGCACAUAUUUGGUUAGUGAACGUAUUACACUCGCCGACGUGGUAGUCUUCAGCAGUCUGUUGCAUUUGUACCAAUACGUGCUGGAGCCGAAAGUACGCGCCGAGUUCGGCAAUGUAAACCGUUGGUUCGUGACCAUCCUCAAUCAGCCACAAGUUAAAGCCGUUGUUAAAAAUUUCACUUUGUGCGAGACCGCACUCACUUUCGAUCCUAAAAAAUAUGCUGAAUUCAUAUCAAAGACUGGAGGGGCUAGCGAAAAGAAGCAGCAACCAAAGCAGAAGGAAGAGAAGAAGCCGAAGGAGGAAAAGAAAAAGGAAAGUCCAAAAGAAGAAUUGGAUGCUGCUGAUGAAGCGCUGCUUUUGGAACCCAAAUCCAAGGAUCCCUUCGAUGCCAUGCCUAAAGGAACAUUUAAUUUUGAUGACUUCAAACGCUCUUACUCCAACGAGGACGAGGCGGUAUCCAUUCCCUACUUCUGGCAGAAAUUCGACCCAGAAAACUACUCAAUCUGGUUUGGUGAAUAUAAAUAUAACGACGAGUUGAGCAAGGUAUUCAUGUCGUGCAAUCUCAUUACUGGUAUGUUCCAACGCCUUGAUAAAAUGCGCAAGCAAGCGUUUGCUUCAGUAUGUCUCUUCGGCGAGGACAACAACAGUACCAUUUCCGGAGUUUGGGUGUGGCGCGGACAUGAUUUGGCUUUCAAACUUUCACCCGACUGGCAGAUUGAUUACGACUGUUACUCAUGGGAGAAACUUGACCCCAAAUCUGAAAAUACUAAACAAUUAGUGCAACAGUACUUCUCAUGGACUGGUACAGAUAAAGAUGGCCGCAAAUUCAAUCAGGGUAAAAUAUUUAAGUAAAUAGAGGACAAAAACCUAAAUGAAUCAUACGCAGUUGAGAUUUGUUCAUCAUAAAACAAUAAUCUUACCAAAUGGGUCCUAAUUUAAAGUUAACCAACCUUACCCUAACAACGAUCCUACAAAUAAUCAUUUAAGCUUACAAAAAUGACCGCCUUUUGGUAAUUAAAAUAUCUAGGUUUCUGUUUUUGUAUUCCAGCAAACUCAAAAAGCCAGUCGGAAAAAUUAUUUAUAUUAAAAUCUGUUCUUUUUUAAAUAAAAGUUUGAAAACAUA